GACUUCUAAACCCUCUCACCUGGAGGUGGGGGUCAGUGAAUGCAUCAUCAGGGGAAGUUGACGGGACGUUAAAGGUCGCCGUGUUUCUCGCAGCAUCAGUUGUGUCUCGUCCUCCAACAUCAACACCAUGACCCGUCUGCUGCUGGGAGCCAUGCUGCUGGGGAACCUGGUAGUCUGCUGCAACGCCCCAGCUCCAGAGAUGCUCUCCAAACCCACCAAGGUGAGGUUUGACUCCGUGGACUACAAAAACGUUGUGCUCUGGACUCCGCCCACCAACAGCAGUUCACUGCAGUACUACGUCCAGUGGAAGAUUUAUGGCGAGGAUGAGUGGUUGGAUGUGGACAGCUGUCAGAGGAUCCAGAAGCCUCAGUGUGACCUCAGCGCCCUGACCUCUGACCUCAGAGAGUGGUAUUACGCCAGAGUGCACGCCUCCUCUCCCCCUGCCAGCAAAUCAGCCUGGACUCUCUCCCCGAGGUUCAGCCCGCGCGGGGACACCAAAAUCAGCUCUCCUUUAUUGCGGCUGAACUCCACGGAGCAAGGCAUUGUGGUCCGUCUGAAGCCCCCCAGGCUGCUCGUCAGGAAGAUGCACAACAGUCUGCAAUACAAGAUCUACCUCAUACACAGCAGUGGAGAAGAGAAGGUGUUUGAUGUGGACUGCCGCUCCAAAAAGCUGACCCUGAAGGAUCUGAAGACCAAGACCAAAUACUGCCUCCAAGCCCAGACCCUGAUCCCUGCGCAGACCAAGAGCAGCGCUCGGAGCGCCCUGAAAUGUUUCACCACACUCUGACCACACAGACAAACGACCCACGUGACACUGAAUGCCUCCCAUCAGUUCAGCUUCUAUCAUCCAUCACUACCUCGAAAGCUGCUUCUAUAAAUACCUGCGCCAAUGAGAGAUGGGCUUUAUGCCCCAAAGCAUCAGGGAUCUGACAUGUUGAAAUGCAUAGGACCUGAAUGAUCUGCAUCCAGGAUCCAUCGUUUUGAUUUAAAUAAAUGUUGUUUGUGGAAAUUAAUCAGAAAUAGCUGUAUGAUAAAAUAUUCCAACUUGAGUUACACUCCCUAGCUUUUUUUUUCUCAGUGAAUUAUUAAGCAAACUCCACCUGCAAAUGAUGCGAGAUCAAGCUAGUCAGAGGACCUUGAAUUAGGAUUAUUUAUUUGAUUUUGGAGUAGAUAUGUCGUUUCAACACAUAAUGUACUGGUUGGUUUUGUAUGCAAUUCACACGAGCUGUAUGUAGCCAUCUUAACAUGUAUAUAAAGUGAAAAAAAGCACUGCCCGGCCAAAAAAAAAGGUCACACUCUAAUAUUCUUUGGACCGCCUUCAGCUUUGAUUACGGCACGCAUUCGCUGUGGCAUCGUUUCCACCAGCUUCUGCAACAUCACAACAUUUAUUCUGUCCUGCAUAAAUUUUUCGCCAAGAUCUUGUAUUGAUGACGGGAGAUUCAGACCACUGUGCAAAGUCUUCUCCAGCACAUCCCAAAGAUUCUCAAUCGGGUUCAGGUCUGGACUCUGUGGUGGCCAAUCCAUGUGUGAAAAUGAUGUCUCAUGCUCCCUGAACCACUCUUUCACAAUUUGAGCCCGAUGGAUCCUGGCAUUGGUCAUCUUGGAACAUGCCCGUGCCAUCAGGGAAGAAAACAAUCCAUGGCUGGAAUAACCUGUAUACCAGUAUAUUCAGGUAGUCAGCUGACCUCAUUCUUUGGGCACAUAACGUUGCUGAACCUUGACCAGACCAACUGCAGCAACCCCAGAUCAUAGCCCUGCCCCCCCACAGGCUUGUGACCUGUUUUUUGGCCGGGCAGUGUAUUAUAUAUAUAUUAAUACAGCAUUAACUUGAAGCCACCAGUCAACAUUUCACAACACUAUUCAGAGGCAAUACUUUGAACUCCUGUUUUUUUUGUUCAUGUGUUACAAAUAAAAGCCAAAUAUUGCAAGUGUCA